UCUGUCUUCACCAGGGAAAAAAAAAGGAAACUACCCACCCUCUCGAACACUCCACUUCCACUCUCUACGCACCCCCGGCGCAUUUUAUCCCAAAUGGCUACCACUACAGCCGCAUCCUCCUUCAUCGGAACACGCCUCCCCGAUGUGUACUCCAAUUCGGGCCGCAUCCAAGCCCGUUUCGGAUUCGGAGGCAAGAAAAGCAAGCCAAAGAAAUCCAUAAAGCCCAGUUCCGAUCGUCCACUCUGGUACCCAGGAGCCACUGCCCCAGAAUGGCUCGACGGAAGCUUGGUCGGUGACUACGGGUUCGAUCCGUUCGGGUUGGGCAAACCCGCCGAGUACUUGCAGUUCGAAUUGGACUCAUUGGACCAAAACCUAGCCAAGAACUUGGCCGGAGACGUGAUCGGAACCCGGUCGGAGGCCUCCGACGUGAAAUCGACCCCGUUCCAGCCUUACAGUGAGGUCUUCGGGUUGCAGAGGUUCCGUGAGUGCGAGCUCAUCCAUGGCCGAUGGGCCAUGCUGGCUACUCUCGGUGCCAUCACCGUCGAGGGGCUCACCGGAGUCACUUGGCAAGACGCCGGAAAGGUGGAGCUGGUGGAAGGAUCUUCUUACCUUGGGCAACCACUUCCCUUCUCGAUCACCACAUUGAUUUGGAUCGAAGUUUUAGUAAUUGGAUACAUUGAGUUCCAGAGGAACGCCGAGCUGGACCCGGAGAAGAGGCUUUACCCAGGUGGGAAAUUCUUCGACCCAUUGGGCUUGGCCGCCGAUCCAGAGAAGAAGGCCACUCUUCAAUUGGCUGAGAUCAAGCAUGCCCGUUUGGCCAUGGUUGGGUUCCUUGGAUUUGCCGUCCAGGCCGCGGCAACAGGGAAAGGUCCGCUUAACAAUUGGGCUACCCAUUUGAGUGAUCCUCUUCACACCACCAUUAUCGACACCUUCAGCUCCUCUUGAGCUCUCUCUCUCUCUCAUGUUUGAUCUCCUAUAUAAUUUCAACCCUGUAACCUUUUAAAAAAUGUUUGUAAACAUUUUAUGUAGAUGAAUUAUUUAUCAAGCUUUCUCUACUGCA